AAGAGUCUCUCAAGAGAACCGACCAUAGUCAACUACCGAUCCCUUCCACGCCUUUUACAAAGGAAGAAUCCGUCAUCUCGACGAGAUCUUGAUGCCUGGGUUGUCGGAAAAAGUGGCUUUACUGAUCCCGGAAAAUAUCGCCCCUAUGUCAAUAGCAUUUCAGGCCACCUCCACACUGAUCGAGCAUAUAAUUUCUACUUGGCUCGGAUCCACUUUAUGCUUACAAGUAAUCGAAGAAAUGUCAGUCUUCUAAAGGAGAAGGAGCAUAUGAAAGAUUAUUCUCGUAAUUUUCGUUAUGUUCCUGAAAAAGGAAAAUUUCAAAUGGAUAGUGAUUCUUCUGAAGAUGAGCAUCGUUGUGAACGCCACAAUUUCCUGCCAGAUUAUGACAUUGGUUUGUCUCCGACACCCGAUAAUCCAACUUCAACAUCGGACAUUUAUCGCUCUAUCGCUGGUUUACCCAGAGAUUUAGAAUACUUGCUCAAAAAGGCUGAUGAUGAGAACUUGGAUGAUGGAGAACUAACACGACUGCGCAACCGUUUGGAACAGAUGGAAAGUCAAAUGACGCGAUUUUUAGAAGUUUUGAACGAAUCAGUUUCUACUCUGUCUCAGAAGACGUGCCACGCAAGUGAGAGUGAUGACCAUGCUCGUGGUGAAGAUGCAGUUGAGGCGCUUUACUCCGCAGAGGAAGACAACAUUUAG